CGACCUUAUCCCUCACGCCGCGCGCUCUCCCUGGUGCUUCCUGCUCAUCCAUGGCGCGCUCCAAUCCAGCUCCACGACCUCCCUCCGCCCCUCCCAUCCAUGGCCGCCCUCUCUGCUCGCUCGGCUUCCAGGUCCAUGGCCGAGCUCCCAUCCCCCGUGCGCGCGCCCCAGGCCCCUGCUCGGAUUUCGCCCAUCCGAGCUCCCUCGCUAUGGCCGUCUCGCCCCUGCUCCAGCUCGGCUCCUCACCAGCAGUUUCUUUGGUGCUACUACGAGCUUGUCGUACCUCCGCUCCAUGCCCUGCGUCUUCCCCACCAAGUCCCCCUCUGCUCUAGCCCUUGACCAUGGCGUCUGGCACUCUGGCUCCUCCCCUCUGCUAUCUCCCUCCUCAAGCCAUGCACUCGGGUGUCGAUCCCCUGCGCCACAGCAACCGUCCAGUCACGCCCAGGAUCGUUUUGGUGUGCGCGUCGUUUUCCUGGCUCUCCUCACGCCGAUGGUUGCUGCUCCCCAUCACGCCGAGCUCCUCACUGUCGUGCGUCACUACGGGCUUGUCCUCAGUCAACGCGUUGUUGCCGGACGUGGUUGUCUCCGUCACUUGCGUCAGCUCACCAGCCCUACAGCUCUUUACGCCACCAUCUUGUAUCGCCGUCGAUCUCGCCGUCGAACGUCAUUCGUGGCGUCAUCAUCGUCCCUAUCCACUCGUUUAGGUUCUCGCCAUGCCAUGGCGCACGGGAAGGUUGGCCGGAGUUGGCCAUGGUGGUUGGGCACUGCUAUUUUAUGCGCCAUGCUAUGGUCGCACCCCCUUCCAUGCUAUUGUGUCGUGGCUGUCCUCGUCUCCUUUGUCGUGCAUUUUCGACUCCAACCACUGCUUGCAGCAUCGUCGAUGUCACGCCUUUGUUAGACUUGACAUGUCAAACUCCUUCCCGUCGCGCCUCGUGUGCCACUUGUUCGGCUAAAUGUGAGACUCGGUCGUCGACACGCUGGCCGUCUCUUGGGAUUCGACGUCGUCAUCGCUUCCACCACCAGAUGCUCAAUGAAACGCCUAACCCUCGGAACUGUCAUCAUUCCAACAGCUUCGCCGCGUCUUGCGUCCCAGCUGGUGAGACUCGCAGUCCUCGCUCUGUUUAAUUUCUCAUCAGACGCCGAUGUGGCUAGCUAUGGAUUUAUGUAUGUAUGUGUGUUUGCGUGGAGGUCCCUAUUCGCUGUCCACCUAUUGCGCGACGAAAGGCUCGAACUGGGCAUCGUUGUCAAUCUCGUGGUUUCAAGUCGGAUUUAGGUAAUAGUAGCCAGUUCGUUACUUCCGCUAUUGGUCGAAUGAAUUUAGUUAAACAUAUUAGUUGUGUCAUUUCUCUCGUCGAUAGCAUGUGCGGUGUGGUCAUAAGAAUAAUGUUUAUUGAAAUGCUCGAGUCACUUCCUGUGAUAGGAUCGUGUGUAUGG